CAGCUCUGCAGGCUCUGCUGCCUGCUCCUGGCCAUCACUUGGCCCUCAUCACCUGCAGCGCCUGUCACCACUCCCCCCCCUCCCUCCCACAGCCCCAAGCUGGCCACCGAAGCCGCAGACCCCACGGAGGAGUGGGACGUGCCACAGAUGAAGAAGGAGGUGGAGAGCCUCAAGUACCAGCUGGCCUUCAAGAGGGAGAUGUCCUCCAAGAGCAUCCCCGAGCUCCUCAAGUGGAUCGAGGACGGGAUCCCCAAGGACCCCUUCCUGAACCCAGACCUGAUGAAGAACAACCCCUGGGUGGAGAAGGGCAAGUGUACCCUCCUGUGAGCCCCGCGCCCCCACUGACGCCUAUAAAGAGAGCUCCAUGAGGGCCGUUUUAUAAAGGUCUGGAGGCGCC